AUGAGCGACCAGAUGUCCGUCUCUUCGGGGACAACAGGAGUCAUGAGCCAAGGGAGCCAUCCCCAUCCCCAGGGCUACAAUAAUGUCCAACAAGCUAGUCCACAUACCUACAAUCCCACCACCACCACCUACUUCUAUCCGAGCAGCCACAUCCACAACGCGCCUCUUUCUCACCCACUGGCCGCCCAGAGCCAUCCAUACAUCUCGUCACCGCCGAUAGCAACAGGGCCUCCACCAUCGCUCACCACCAUCCUCCUGACGUCGGCCCCGCAACAAUUCGCCCAAGCAACAGAACAUCCCUUCCUCCGUCUGGCGGGGCAGGGCACUCUUCCAAAACACACUUUAUCGCGCUGGCUCUCCCAAGACCGGCUGUACGCACAGGCCUACAUGGGCUUCAUCGGCUCUCUCAUCGCCCGCGUCGACCUACCCUACGUCAACGUGACGGACAAAUCGACGUCCCUGCGCUGGCGCAUCGUGAACUGUCUGACGGGGGCCCUGCAGAACAUCCACACCGAGUUGAAGUUCUUCGAGCACACCGCGGCCAAGUAUGGCCUCGAAUUGGACGCGCCCACCCGCGCCGAUGGCAUGUUCACCGCCGAGCACGCCACGAAGCAGUAUAUCGACCUGUUCCGAGCCUUUUGGACCGACCCCAGCAUGAGUUUGCUCGAAGGCAUGGUCGUGCUCUGGGCGACCGAGACGGUAUACCUGAGCGCGUGGAACUACGCCAAGUCCAUGGGGCAGAAGAAGAAGCCCACCACUGCCGCCGAUGCGGGCUGUGGAGACACAAAGGAAGCGACGGCGACGACGACAAAGUCGUCCGAAGGCGUCAUGUCCGAACUGGAAGGCAGCGAGGUCAACACAUUGCACAACAACGAUAACGAGACGGCCGGGCGGGACGACGCACACGAAAAAAGCAAUAACGUCCACGACAGCACCAAUCCUGCUGCUGACGACGACACCGAGUCCGCCACAACCCCAAGCACAGCGGCGCGCACCAGCACCGCCACCACCACUCACUCGAGCGACCUCGACGGCGGCGCCCUCCGCGACGCCUUCAUCCCCAACUGGACGUCGGCCGAGUUCGAGGCCUUUGUCGCCGACAUCGCCGAGCUGACCGACCUGCUGGCCGAGCGCGAGGACGCCGUCACCCGCAGGCUCGACGUCUACCGCGCCGUGUGGAAGCAUAUCUUGGAUGUCGAGAGGAGGUUCUGGCCUGAUGUCAGUGUCGGCGGAGGGGCGGGUUCUUGA